GAUAGAAAUUGAAUCACGUUUGAAAUUUUCUUAACAGAUCGAAAACUUGUUAAAAACAACAUAUUUUAAGCCUAUCUUCGUCUCGCAAUGAUGUCAGGAUCCUCGCUACGUUUUGCUAUGACCAACGUUCGUUGUAUUGCUAAACAGACAAGGGUCUUUGCUACGCCAGUGCGACAUAAUGUUUCACCUGCUGGCUUCCAAACUUCUGCAAAGAAGGGAUUUCUUUUACGUAAUUCAAGGCUACUACAUACGUCAUUCAUAAGAAAAGCAGAUAAGCCUGACCAAGAUACUGCAAAGAAUCAGGAGAAAGAUGAAAAGAAGCUGGCUCUGAGGGACAGAUUGAAGUUAGUGGUUGCAGAAUAUGGGACAACAGCAAUAGUGUUUCAUGUUACCAUUUCUCUCACUUCACUUGGGAUAUGUUACGCUGCUGUGAAAAGUGGAAUUGAUGUUCAAGCAGCUCUCCAGAAAAUUGGUCUCAGCUCUAAAGUGACUGACUCUAGUGUAGCAACAGAAGCAAGUACAUUUGUGGUGGCAUAUGCUUGCCACAAAGUAUUUGCUCCAUUGAGAAUGUUAAUGACAAUCACCUGCACUCCACUGAUUGUCCGUAAGCUGCGGAAAAUCGGAUUUCUUAAAGAACCGCUGAAGCAGUAGAAAACAACUCUGACUGCAGGACUUUGUUUUAUAUUGUUGCAGCAGCAUGACUGUAGAGCAGAUUUAAAUAAUUGUAAUAACUACAGUAGUAGAAAUCAAUGUUAAUGAUAUUGUAUCCAGUUGAAAACCAAUUUUAUUUAGUGGUUGACCAUUGUGAAAAUGUUAGAAGGUUAUUUAAAUCUCUGGUUGAGAUUGAGAUAAAUGAAGUAACACGUGCAUUGCAAGCUAAAAUUGUGAUAAUUAUUUCCUUAAUAUUAUUACAUGCAGGGCAGGAAAAAAACCAGGUCCAAUUACCUGGGGCAAGUAAAUUUUCCUAUUGGGCAAGUGAAAAUGGAAGUUUGGUGGUCUGGUGGGCAAGUGAAAUUAGCCUCAGUAGUCUUGUUAGUUGAUGAGGCAUGAACAUUGCGGGCCUAUUGGGCAAGUAAUAUUUUGCGGGGACAACUGAAAACUGAAAUGUAGUGGCCCGCUGGGCAACUGGAUUUCAAAAUUUUUUCCUGCCCUGACAUGGAUGUUCUUUUAGGUGCCUUUCAAUAACACACUCUGAGUUUUAAAAACCCAACUAUAAAGGAUGAAUUUGUUGCUACUAUCAACUAUGGCAUGAACCUUGAAAAAGAAACAAACAGAAUGGAUCAACAUCUUCAUGUAACAGUCACAACCCACACAUGGGACCUUUCAAACCUGUUGAAUUUAACUUCCAUUUCCUUAUGGGUCUGCUAAGAAAAUAGCUAGCAUUGAAACAUGUAGCAUAACACAAGUUUGUGUGUUAUUGAAAGGUCUUUCAUUUUUCAAGAUUUUUUGUCAAGUUUUACAUUUCACUACAUUUUCAGCCUCUGCAAGGGUUUUUGUCAGGCCAAGUUUUUGUGUAGACUGUCAGCAGUCUCUUUCCUUUCCUGUGAUGAGUUUUGUUUCUGAGCAUGUGACAAACAAUGGAGUGGCAAAGCUGUA